AUGUCGUCGGUCAAAGCCACGAAGAAGAGCGCCUUCUCUUGUGAGCCGUGCCGUAGACGCAAGGUCAAAUGUGGCGGCGAGCAACCGAUUUGCAAUCGCUGUGCUGCUAGAAGCGAUGACUGUAUUUACAAACUAAACCCGACUCUGUCUUACACCCAACGCCUCGAGGAACGCAUCAAAGAAUUGGAAGACCAACUCGCUGCUAUCAAAUCUCCUCCCUCAGUGGCCGCCUCAAACCAUUCGAGUCCUGGUGUCUGGAACGGCCAUGACUCGAAUCGCCAUCCUGACGAGCAUGCAAUGACGAGGAGCUUCAUGGGUCUCAAGAUCGACGACAAGGGUGGCAUUACUUACCAUGGACCGACUAGUCUUUUCAAUCUUCCCAGUGACCCUCACAAGCAUAAGCCAGACUCGAUAUCAUCCAUUGACUCAGAUGCUCAUAGGAGAGAGCGAUUGGUCAACAAUGCAUGGCAUCAACGAGCGAUGGAAAACCUGUCUGAUAUCCCAGAACCCUUUCAAUACCUUCUGAACGUGCAUUGGUGCUGGAUCCAGCCUCUUUUCAACUUCAUCUACAGGCCUGCAUUCACUCGUGACAUGCAAUCUAUGGGGCCGUACUAUUCUCACACUCUUCUGAAUGCUAUGCUCUCACAUUCCAUCCGCUGGGGUAAAAGCGAUCCCUCCACCAAACAGCUGCUGGAUCAGUCUUAUGAUGGAGGAGCUGUCUUUGCAAAACACGCCCGAAGCAUGCUUUUCGAUGAACUGAGUAGAGGCGUGUGCACUAUCCCAACUGUUCAGACACUGCUACUUCUUAGCGCAGGGGAAUGUGGUCAUGGCAACACGACGCAGGCCUGGAUUUAUAGUGGCAUAGCGUUCCGCCUCAUCGAUCAUUUGGGCAUUUGUGUUGAUGGACAAAGGUAUCCAGGAUCUGUCCAUUUGACUGAUGAAGAGGUCGAAAUUCGUCAUCGACUUUACUGGAGUUGCUAUUUCUGGGAUAAGAUUAUCAGCCUAUACCUCGGUCGUUCGCCUUCACUGCAACAUACACAGGUGUCCCCGCCCCAAAUUAUCAUGGACGACUCAGCUGAGAAUGAGCUCUGGGUCCCCUUCGACUCUCCUCACGGAUCAGAUUGGAAGUAUCCUCCUGCGACAGCUCAUUCAACCUCCUGUUUCAUGAGUGCUUGCCGGUUAUCGGUCAUCUUCAAUGAGAUUCUCAUUCACAUGUAUGAUCCAUUACUGGAGAAUACUGAGGCAGAGAUGCAAGAGUGUCUACAGACGCAAGACCCUGCCAUGAGACUAUGGUGGGAACAACUCCCUCCUCAUCUCAAAAUCGAGCUCUCCGCCAUGCCUGAGCUGGCACCUCCUUCGCACAUUGUCACCAUGAAUGCCUUGUACCAUACGUUCAGAAUCCUCCUGUUCAGGCCGAUGCUCACCUGGCAGGUAUACCCAGAGGAUGAAGGCCCUCAUCCGAUGCAAAACCAUCUCGUGGAAUGUGUCACAUCUGCGACAUCUAUUAUAGCCAUUUUCGAUCUUUUCUGCAGAACAUUUACCAUCAGCCACUGCGUUCUAUCACUCUCAUACAGUGUGUAUAUCGCGGCCACAAUUUUCCUUUUGCAGGUUCAAGCUACGCCUGAAGACCAACAAGCAGUUCGCAAGCUGAGCUUCUGCGUACGAGCCUUGCAUCAGGCCAAAACUGUCAAUCCAGUCAUCUCAAGUGCUUUGGAUUUGAUAACCCGAGAGAUGGCGAAUCUUGGGCUCGAUCCAGGAUUCAGUACACCACAACAGCAGCCUCCUCCGCCAAUGCCCCAUCCUAUGCCAGAUGUUCCGAUGCCUACAGAUAUACCGAUUACCGAGACUGUUUACCCGGCUUCAUUUGAGAUACCUGCACAGCAAUCGCCUUACGAGCCGGAGCAGCUGUUCCAGACACCAUGGGCUGACAAUAUGAAUCCAAAUGCAAUGGCAGUUGACCGAGGAGUUUUCGAGGCUUUGUCUUCGUUUGAGCCCCUGAGUGUACGGGUGGGCGCUAUCUACGAGUCAGGAAACAACCCUCAGAAUUUUGGUUGA